AUGCCUGAGGCCGUCCACCGCGAUGGCCGAGCCGGUGGACUGGCUUCCGGGCUAUUGGCCCUGGCUACGUUCGCCUUCCAAUCCAGCAUUACGCUUUACAGCACUGUCCAGAGUUUUCGAGACCAUCCCAAACGUGUGCGCGAUCUCAUUGACGAGCUUGAAGCUUUGAGCGGAGUCUUAGGCCCACUUACGGAGACGGUCAGUGCCGUCCAUACUGUCGACCUCUCAGCGCUCGAUCGACCGUUGCUGCGAUGCGGCCAUGCCUGUGCAGAGUUCAAUCAGGAACUCAUGAAAUGCGUGUCGCAGUCCGGGGACUCAGACGACCUUUCGGGGUGGGCUAAACUCAAGUACAUGGGUGAUGAUAUCGACGGAUUUAGGCGGUUGUUAUCCGGCUACAAGUCGACAAUCACUAUUGCCCUCACUGACGCCAAUCUCCGCGUAUGCUCUGCCACCGCCGAGACCAUUCGAAGCUACAAAGACCUUGUCGAGACAGCGCACAGUGACCUCCGGGCUCACCUCGAAAGUAUCGACGAGAAAAUAGGUGUCUUUCUCGCAGACGCCAUAUCGGAGACCGGCUCAGGCGCGCCAGAAUUGCAAACCAUGCAGGAAGAGCGAUUGAGCACGCAGCGAUGCCUUGAAAUUUGUGACCAACUGUCGAAGCAUAUCGAUGAAUUUCAGCUGGCCACCAAACGUAGUGGAAGCUCGUCCGAAAAUGAAGAGACAGCUACGUUCCCCGAAAAGGUCGUCAAUGAGGGUCUGAAUGGGUGCAGGAAGACCCUUGACAACACAGUCGUGAAACUGGGACAACACGAGAAGGAUUUGUUCUAUCGCUUGCUGGGAAAAUAA